GCCUUGCUUCCAAAGUCAGAGAGAUCACCAUUAACAUAACAACCUCUGCAAUUUUCUUCCAAAUUAAACCUAAACCUUCAAAUCCGAAUACAAAACCCUAAACCGAUCACAUAUGGCUCGAUACGACAGAGCUAUCACAGUUUUCUCGCCGGACGGGCACCUCUUCCAAGUCGAAUACGCAUUGGAAGCCGUACGCAAAGGUAACGCCGCCGUUGGCGUUCGCGGCACCGACGCCGUCGUCCUCGGCGUCGAGAAGAAAUCCACCGUUAAACUUCAGGAUUCCAGAUCAGUUAGGAAAAUUGUGAGCCUGGAUGACCACAUUGCAUUGGCUUGUGCUGGACUCAAGGCAGAUGCGCGUGUUCUUAUCAACCGGGCACGAAUUGAGUGCCAGAGCCAUAGGCUCACUGUUGAGGAUCCGGUAACCGUGGAGUAUAUUACACGUUACAUUGCAGGUCUUCAACAGAAAUACACGCAAAGUGGUGGUGUCAGGCCGUUUGGGCUUUCAACCCUGAUCGUCGGAUUUGAUCCCUAUACUGGUGUUCCGUCAUUAUACCAGACAGAUCCUUCAGGAACGUUUUCUGCGUGGAAAGCUAAUGCCACUGGUAGGAACUCUAAUUCCAUGAGGGAAUUUCUUGAAAAGAAUUACAAAGAGACCUCUGGUCAAGAAACUAUAAAACUUGCCAUCCGCGCUUUGCUUGAAGUUGUUGAGAGUGGAGGGAAGAACAUAGAAGUUGCUGUGAUGACAAAGGAGGGACUCCGGCAACUUGAGGAAGCGGAAAUUGAUGCCGUUGUUGCAGAGAUCGAAGCAGAAAAAGCAGCUGCCGAGGCUGCAAAGAAGGCUCCUGCUAAGGAAACAUAACGUGUCAAAGAUCAACCCCAGGUUUUAUUGUUGUGUUUCUUAGAACUCCUGAAUUUGUGUUCCGUUCACCAAUCUUAUUGUAGUUUUUUAAGGAAUGUUUAUUUAUGCUUUUGGUUCAUACCCGUCACUAGGGUUUGUGUAUUAGAUGAUUCUUUAACAAAACUGUUGGAUUCGGUUAGUUAUA